AUGAGGGACUGCUGGAUAUCGCGAAGCGUGGGUUGGGCAAAACUGAAGAACCAAGACGGAUUGCGAUUGUGGGAGCCGGGGUUGCUGGACUUACAGCUGGGAAAGUGCUGCUGGACGCUGGACACAAGAAUUGUCCGGGAAUAUGUUGCAAAAUAUGGCCUGAAAUUAAACCAUUAUUCAGAUGGCAAUGGCAACGCCUGGUACCUGGUGAACAAUAUCCGAGCCAGAGUCAAAGAGGUGGAGAAGAAUCCAGACAUUCUGAGAUACCCUGUAGGUCCCUCCGAACGUGGGAAGUCUGCUGUGGAGCUGUAUUACGAAGCGUUGAAACCGAUAGAAGAGGACUUGACGAGAUCAAACUGCAGCCACGUGCUUGAAAAAUACGAUGCCUAUUCUCUCAAGGCAUAUCUGAUCGAAAAGGGAAAUCUAAGCCAUGCAGCCGUCCGAAUGAUUGGAGACCUGAUUAACCUGAGCGCAGAGUUUUCCCGCAGUUUCACUGAAUUCCUCCGAGAAGUUUUCCUGUUUACCCGUGAAAAGAGUUGGAUGAGCAUGUCUAGCAGAAAUGACUUCUCCAGCCUUUUCUUGAUCUCCAGGUAUGAUGAGAUCACUGGUGGGUUUGAUAUGCUGCCCAGGGCCAUUCACCAGUCCCUCCCAGCUGGCGCAGUGAUGCUCAACAGCACCGUGACAGAGAUCCACAGAGAAGGGGACACAGUUUCGGUACUCUACCAUCCUUCCAGCUCCCUGGAGUCGUCAGGCACCAUCCUGGCUGACUACGUCAUUGUCACAUCCACAGCAGAGGCCACACGCCUCAUCCGCUUCCACCCUCCCCUCUCGCCUGCCAAGACCCAGGCACUCCGUUCUCUGCGCUCCACGGGAGCCACCAAAGUGGCCUUGGCCUGCGCUAAGAAGUUCUGGGAGGAAGAAGGGGAAGAGAUCUACGGUGGAACCUCCACCAGUGACCUGCCCUCCAGGAUCACCACAUACCCCAGCCGCAACUUCUCCAGCGGCCUGGGGGUCAUCCUGGGCUCCCAGACUUACGGGGACGACUCGGAGUUUUUCACCCCCCUCAGCCCCCAACAGGCUGUCGAGGUGGUUCUGAGGGACUUGUCCACGAUCCACCGGCGCCCCCUGGAAGAGCUGAGGCGUCUUUGCAGCAGGUGGGUGGUCAAAAAAUGGAGCCUGGACCCCCACGCCAUGGGGGCCUUCACCCUCUUCAGGCCUUACCAGCUGAGCGAACACGCAGAGGCCCUCGCCCGCAAGGAGGGGAGGGUCUAUUUUGCCGGAGAGCACACGGCUUUGCCACAUGGUUGGAUUGACACGGCGAUGAAAUCGGCCCUGAGGGCAGCCAGGGAUGUCCACCGGCACACAGGGGCUCAGGGCUGUGGUCAUGAGACAGGCAUUUUUGGUGAUCAAGGGGGUGGCUCGGAAGUUGUAAACCUCCUUGAUCCGUUGUAAGGCUAUGCCGCCUUGAAAAAUUCAGAAGCAGUGAGUAA